CAAUAAAUGUGCAAGAAAUUCGGUGUCGAUUGGAGUCCAACGAGUGUGGCACAUUUUCCACAACGCAUCCGCACCAUUUUCAAGCCCGGAUGCCGUGCAGAGAUGCUGAUAUCUUGUGAUUAAAAUUCUCCCCGUCUGAGAUGUCUCAAACAUGAAUGAAGGUAAUUCAGCAGGAGGGGGGCAUGAAGGGCUCAGCCCGGCCCCUCCUGCUGUGCCAGACCGCGUAACUCCACAUUCAACGGAAAAAUCAGUUUCGACAGCCAAAACAACGACCAUAACAGAACCAGCAGGAGCAGGAUCAGCAGCAGCCUUGCCGGCCACCCGCCAUCAUCACCAUCACCUUGCGACCCAAUCAAAAGGCAUCGCAAGCAGCAGCAAACAGAAGCAUCUGCCCAGUGCGCAGCUGCCUGUGCCGCUGUCGCCCUUGCCGCAACAACAACAGCAAACGACAGAGGCAACGGCAGCAGCAGCAGCAUCCGCCCACACCAACCCAUCCGCCUCCUCCAGCACCACGAGCACCAUAGAAGCCUCUGUUUCGCCGCCGCAGGCCAAGCGUCAGCGUUUGGACAACAGCGAGGAUAGGACGAGCGCCACCAGCAUUGUUGGUACAGCCGGGAGCAGCAACAUUGUGGGCUCUCUGCUCCCAGCAUCGGUGGCCUCCAGCAGCGAGGUCGGUGGGCUUUCAUCAACGGCCCUGCAGGACCUGAAUGCCCUGAAGAAGCGCAUUCUCCAGCAGAAGUUGCAGAUCUUGCGUAAUCUUAAGGAAAGACAUCUUGAAAAUGUGUCCGAAUACUUUUACCUACAAAACGGCGGCAGUAUGAUGGACUACCCUGCGUGGCGCAAGAAGACACCAACCCCGCAGUUCAUCAGCUACAGUAAUGCAAAUCGUAUAGACCAGCUGAUACACGAGGAUAAGCCAAGCACAUCGGCAGCAGCAGCAGCUGCGGCACAGAGUCAAGCCCAAAAAUAUACCACUCAACAGGCAGCCAUUGUGGAAACUUCAUUGGUCGGCGGAACCAACACAGGAACGACGGCGCCAGCUCCAUUGGAGGGCAGCAACUUCAAUAAUACAGUAAAAACGAAUUCGCAAUCUCAAGUGCCAAGCAAAAUUGGCAGCAACACAACCUCAAGUCCCGCAGCAACACAACCCACAAGCAACGCAAGCAGCACAGUCUCAGGAGCUGCUGCAAGUGUCACCGUCACUACCACAACUGGGAGCGCGUCGGAGGCUAGUAAUGUCCUACCACCAGAGGCGGAGAUCAAAAUCCCAGCCGUUGGAGCCACACCAGUGGCCAUUUCAACAAAGCUACCCGCUGCCGUUGUCCAGUUAACCCAACAAGGUCACAUACCCGGUAGACCUUUAGGAGGUCGUCACGGUAUGGUCUUCGGUCAAAUACCUGCUCCUCCUGCUGCCGUAGGAAAUCCUUCUGUACCUUUGGUGCCAGGUGGCACUCCGCUGUUACCCUGCAAUACGUCAGUGGGAUCAACGGCGCUGCGACGCCCACAAAGUCAGAGUAAUGCCGCAGGCGCAUCGACUUCAACAGGAGGAAGGGGAGGAGGCAGCGGUACACCUACACCACUCUACACUGGAAAUGGUCCGGCAGCGCUGGGCGGAAGCGGAGUCCUCACGCCCGGCACUCCCACCUCCGGCAGCAUGCUUAGUCCUGCGUUGGCCGGUGGCUCAGGCACACCAAACAGCGCGGCGCAGGAGUUCUCGUUCAAAGCCAAACAGGAGGUGUAUGUGAUGCAGCGCAUAUCGGAACUACAGCGAGAGGGAUUAUGGACUGAGCGGCGCCUGCCCAAGCUGCAGGAGCCCAGCCGCCCCAAGGCCCAUUGGGACUACCUCCUCGAGGAGAUGGUCUGGCUGGCGGCCGACUUUGCACAGGAGCGCAAGUGGAAAAAGAACGCGGCCAAGAAGUGCGCCAAGAUGGUGCAAAAGUAUUUCCAGGACAAGGCCACUGCUGCUCAGCGCGCGGAAAAGGCCCAAGAGCUGCAGCUGAGGCGUGUGGCAUCCUUCAUUGCGCGCGAGGUGAAGAGCUUCUGGUCGAAUGUGGAGAAGCUGGUGGAGUACAAGCACCAGACGAAGAUUGAGGAGAAACGGAAGCAGGCCUUAGACCAGCAUCUCAGCUUUAUUGUCGACCAGACAGAGAAGUUCUCACAGCAACUAGCCGAAGGCAUGAACAAGAGUGUGGCGGACACGCCCAGUCUUGACUCCAGCCGUCUUACCUCGCCGAAGCGUGAGUCCGAUGAUGAUUUUCGACCUGAGUCUGGCUCCGAAGACGAUGAGGAGACUAUCGCUAAGGCCGAAGAAGAGGCAGCCGAUGUUAAAGACGAGGUGACGGCGCUGGCCAAGGAGUCUACAAUGGACUUUAAUGAUUUCCUCAACGACCUACCGCCUGGCUAUUUAGAGAAUCGUGAUAAGCUCAUGCAGGAGGAGCAAAGCUCGGCUAUUAAGACGGAAUCUCCUGAUGACAGCGAUGACAGCGAGUUCGAGGCAAAAGGAACUAGUGAUGAUGACGAGAAUACCAUCAGCAAGCAGGAAGAGGCCGAACAGGAGAUUGACCACAAAAAGGAGAUCGAUGAGUUGGAAGCGGACAACGAUCUCUCAGUCGAGCAGCUACUUGCGAAAUACAAAUCUGGUAGAGGAAGUGACCAGCCGCCUAGUCCGAAACGAAGAAAGCUGGCGCCUCGUGGACCUGAGCUGGACUCGGAUGAUGAUUCAACGGCUGUUGAUGACUCCACAGACGAAAGCGAAGAUACCGAGGAUGAAGAAGAUCUUUCUACUAUUAAAACUGACACUGAUGUGGAGGAGCAGGACGAACAGGAGGGCGGUCUCAAGAGUCUGAUGACGGAUGCCGACCCUACUAGUGGAGCUGCUGGAAGCGGCAGCACAGCAGGAGCAAGCGGCAACAAGGACGACAUGCUAAACGAUGCAGCCGCUUUGGCCGAGAGUCUACAACCCAAGGGCAAUACCUUGUCCUCCACCAAUGUUGUUACGCCAGUCCCCUUCCUGCUAAAGCACUCGUUGCGUGAGUACCAGCACAUCGGACUCGAUUGGCUGGUCACAAUGAACGAGCGUAAACUUAAUGGCAUCCUGGCCGACGAGAUGGGUCUGGGAAAGACCAUCCAAACCAUUGCUCUAUUGGCCCAUCUCGCCUGCGCUAGGGGUAACUGGGGACCUCACCUCAUUGUGGUGCCUUCGUCUGUGAUGCUCAACUGGGAAAUGGAGUUCAAGAAGUGGUGCCCUGGUUUCAAAAUACUCACCUACUAUGGCUCCCAGAAGGAGCGCAAACUGAAGCGAGUGGGCUGGACUAAGCCAAAUGCUUUCCAUGUGUGCAUCACAUCCUACAAACUGGUGGUGCAAGAUCAGCAGAGCUUUCGCCGCAAAAAGUGGAAAUAUCUGAUUCUGGAUGAAGCGCAGAACAUUAAGAACUUCAAGUCGCAGCGUUGGCAGCUGCUUCUUAAUUUUUCCACCGAAAGACGGCUGUUGUUGACUGGAACCCCACUGCAGAACGACUUGAUGGAGCUGUGGUCCUUGAUGCACUUCCUCAUGCCGUAUGUCUUCUCAUCGCAUCGCGAGUUUAAGGAGUGGUUCUCCAAUCCAAUGACAGGCAUGAUUGAAGGCAAUAUGGAGUACAACGAGACAUUGAUAACGCGUUUGCACAAGGUAAUUCGUCCGUUUCUACUUCGACGCCUCAAAAAGGAGGUGGAAAAACAAAUGCCAAAGAAGUAUGAGCAUGUGGUCAUGUGCCGUCUGUCGAAUCGCCAGCGCUAUCUGUACGAGGAUUUCAUGAGUCGCUCCAAAACUCGGGAAACCCUGCAAACUGGAAACUUGCUGAGCGUGAUAAAUGUUUUGAUGCAGCUGCGAAAGGUGUGCAAUCACCCGAACAUGUUCGAGGUGCGACCUACCAUUUCGCCAUUUCAAAUGGCGGGCAUUACAUUCCACACGCCGCGUCUCGUCUCCGACAUAAUGGAGUAUGAUCCGUUCACGCAAAUCAAUCUAGAGACGGUGAACCUUUUGUUACUGCAUCUGGAGCAAACUAUGACCGCCUACGUCUCGCACAAAUCUCGCCUACUCGCCCCGCCUCGAAAGCUUAUCGAGGAUAUCGAUACAGCACCCCAACCGGCUCCCCGUUGUCCCAACGGAAAAUACCGCUUUCACAUUCGCGUGCGAACUGCCGAGUUGGCACAGCGCAUCAAGCUUAAUGCGGUGAGGGUAGGAGCCAGUCCGGCCAUGCGGAUGGAGGGCUCAAAGAUUGUGCCAAUGCGCAGUCUUCUACCGAGCGGUAGGGUUUUGAAAAGGGUCGGUGGCUCCAUUAACCCUGUGAACAUGGCACUGAAGCCAGUGGUGAUUAACAGUGUGGUGACAACAGCUUCAUCGACCGCAUCCUCUUCUCCUACUGGAGCACUGAGUGUACUCAGCAACUCCAAGUUGCUGGGGGCACGCUCGCAAAUAAACGCACCAACGCCCGCCAAAGUAGCAAAGACGAUGCAGGAUGGCAAGCCAUUUUUCUACCUCACACCGGCGACGAAUUCCGGAGCAGCAGGAGCACGCCUGACACUGACGAGUAAAACCACAGCCUCGGCGGCCACAACGAGUUCCGGAACAACAGUAGCUGCUGCUCCAACCACUGCCCAGCAAUUGAUAAGGGACCCCAUUGUAAAGGAUCUAGCAACGCAUGUAAAAAGCACAGCACAAAAGCAGAGCAUUGCUAAUGGGAAAACGGAGCCCGAGGAGGAAACUGAAACCGAGGAUCCCUACAAAGUGCAGGAGCUGAUUCAGAUGCGCAAGGAGCAGCGAUUGGCUUCACUCAAACGUAUGGCAAUGGUGAAUCGUCGGCGCAACGAUGCCACUCCGAUAUACGGCGAAGACUGUCGCGGAGCUAUUCAGCGCUGUAUGCAGGCGACGCGAUCGCUAAAGCGAUCCACCUGGCAGACGCGUGGAUAUUCCAAUUGCUGCACGGCAAUGUUGCACCGGGAUGGCUGGUCCCUGAACCACUUGCUAAAAAGCUUCGAAGAAAGAUGCGCAGAUCUAAAGCCCCUGUUUGCCAACUUUGUAAUCUAUGUUCCUCCCGUGUGUGCGCCCCGCAUUCGUCGAUAUGUGCAGAACCUUGCAUCGACGAACUGGCAAUGUGAACGCCAGAUCGAAGACACUGUGGGUCAGGCCCUGCUGCCAAAGCUGGCACUGUUGCAUCCAAUCAUUUCGGCGAUGACCACACAGUUCCCGGAUCCGCGUCUCAUUCAGUACGACUGCGGAAAGUUGCAGACUAUGGAUCGUUUGCUGCGACAGCUGAAGGUUGAAGGUCAUCGGGUACUGAUAUUCACUCAGAUGACGAAGAUGUUGGAUGUUUUGGAGGCCUUCCUUAACUACCACGGCCACAUUUAUCUUCGUUUGGAUGGAUCCACGCGGGUGGAACAGCGCCAGAUACUUAUGGAGCGCUUCAAUGGCGACACAAGAAUCUUCUGUUUCAUCCUCUCCACGAGGUCUGGUGGAGUGGGCAUCAAUUUGACUGGUGCCGAUACUGUGAUCUUUUAUGACUCGGACUGGAAUCCCACUAUGGAUGCGCAGGCUCAGGAUCGAUGUCAUCGCAUUGGCCAGACACGAGAUGUUCACAUCUACCGACUUGUCUCCGAGAAAACCAUUGAGGUGAACAUCCUCAAGAAGGCAAACCAAAAGCGGAUGCUCAGCGACAUGGCCAUCGAAGGAGGCAACUUCACCACCACAUUCUUCAAGAGUUCCACCAUCAAGGAUCUCUUUACGAUGGACCAGAGCGAGCAGGACGAGACGAGUCAGGAGAAGACCGAAAGCAAGGACAAGAUUGUGGCAACGACAACCACAACAGUGGUCGACACGGCAACGACAGUUGUGGAGACGGAAAAACAGUCUCUGCGCGCUUUCGAGCACGCGUUGGCCGCCGCCGAGGAUGAGCAGGAUGUGCAGGCCACCAAGACGGCCAAAGCCGAGGUGGCUGCAGAUCUGGCCGAGUUCGACGAGAACAUUCCAAUUGCAACGGAAGAGGCGAACGCGGAAGGAGGUGCUCAGGUGGAACUUAGCAAGGCCGAUCUGGAAAUGCAGAACUUAGUGAAGCAGCUCUCUCCUAUCGAGCGUUAUGCAAUGCGCUUUGUGGAGGCCACUGGAGCAGCGUGGACAGCGGAACAAUUGCGAGCCGCGGAGGCUGAACUGGAGGCCCAGAAACGAGAGUGGGAGGCCAACAGACUGGCGGCCAUGCACAAGGAGGAGGAGCUGCUCAAGCAGGAAACGGAAGCCGAGGAGAUGCUUACCUACAGUCGCAAGGAUUCAAGCAAUCAGGUCUGGAUAUCGCGCAACACCAUGGAGCAGAUGCCGAUGUGGUGUCCACCCACGCCGCCGCAGGACGACGAUAAUGAUAUAUAUAUCGACUACUCGCUGUCGUUCAUGUACGAGCUGGAGCCCAUUGCAGAGAUGGAUCUGCCGCCAGUCUACGUGCGCAAGGAGCACAAGCGCUCGCGCACGGAUGCUGGGUACGAUGGUAGCCGUAGGCCGAAUAAGAUGCGCCGGGAGGACAACUACGUGCCCCCCAGAUCGCUUUUCGAUCGCCCAACUCCGCAGCUGGCCCGUCUGCGUCGCGAGCUGAAGAGCCAGCGAUUCCGCGGCAGCUUCAAGCCGAACUCGCCGAUUCCAGGACUGAAACCCCAACUGCCGGCCAAACCCCUCACCGAACCGGAAGCCAUGGCUGAGUGGUGCGUCUUCGAGGACAUUGCCAUUCUGCACGUGCUGGUGAAUCUGCAGGGUCUGCCCUGCAGCCUCAUGCUGCUCUCGCCGGGUCAGACGCCCAACUGGGACCUCGUCUCCGAAAUGGUCAAUUUCUGUUCGAAGACCUACCGCUCGGCGAGGCAGUGCCGUUGGCGUUACGAAAACCACAUUCAGCCACGCGAGGAGGGCAAGGUGGUGGAGAGUCCUAAGAAGCAGAAGAAGAUUAAGCCCACGUUGAAGUCCGAGUACCUGAAGAGUCCGCUGCGAUAUCUGCGAACCACCCAGCUGUAUGUGAGCGACAACAACGCCUCGUUUUACAAGACGAUGCGCUCCCGCUUCGACAGCAUUAAGACGGCCUACCUGAAGAAGGCACCGCCGCCAAAGCGCCAGUUCAGUGCUCCCAGCCUAAUGAACCCCAAACAUAUGGAGGUGCUGCAGGAGUUCGGCAUCCAGAACUAUGACCAACCGGUGCCGCCGCAGAACAUUGCGGCCAUGAAGGCGAACAAGAUUCGGGAGAAGCAGCGAGGACAGCAGAUGUCACAGUCGGCAGUGGUUCAGCAAGUGCCGCAGCAAACGCAGCAGCCACAGCCGGCACCACCUCCACCGCAGCAGCAACAGCAGCAGCAACAAGUGGUCCAGCAGGUGCAACAGCAGCAGCAGCAGCAGGUGGUGCAGCAGCAACUGCCCACUGUUUCGACGGUUCAACAAACUCUGCCGGUUCAACAGACAGUGGAGCUGGUGCAGCAGCAGCCCAGCACCACGACAACGGUGGCUGUGCCCGCUGCUGGUCAACUGCAGCAGCUCCAGAUCCAGCAUUUGACCAGUUCCAAUGUGUCGCCCGGUCAGCAGACCGCCAUUCUGCUCCACCAGCCGCAGCAGCAGUUGCGCACGCAUCCCGGCCAGUCGGGCCAGGCCAACACCCAGCAGCUGGUUAAGACUAUUGUGGGCACAUCCUCCAGCCUCACGGCGGGUCAGCUGCAACAGCUGGCCCAACAGUCGGCAGCCGCUUCUGGUGGACAGUCCAGCGUGAGCGUGGUGCUGACCACGCCAGUGCAGACUCUGCCAGCAGUGGUGCAACCCCAGAUCGGCUCCGGCGCCCAGAUCGUAUCGACCCCGCAGCUGGGCAGCAUUGUGCAGACGCAGUCCCUUCCGCAGGUGGUCUCGGUGAGCACUCUGCCCACCGUGGGCACGGUGCUCACUACCACCGCCAGUCAGCAGCAACAGCAGCACCAGACCACAGCGGUCACCACUUUGAACACGGCCAUGUUGCGGGGCCAGCGGAUUGUGUCGACAGCGGCUGGGAAUACGCUCCAGCAGCGCACCACAGCCGGCGGUCAGUCCAUUGUGUCCAUGCCGAACUUGGGCCAGGGCGUGAGUCCGGCGCAGUUCCAAACGCAGCUCCGUUUGGCAGCCGUGCCCACUUCCCCAGCCACGCAGACCACCCAGCUGGUGACCACAAAGGGCAUUCCGGUGAGUGCCCUUCAGCAGGGAGGAAAGACCACGGUGAUACCGGGUGCUCAGCAGCCGGGAGGAGCACACAUCCAGCUUUACCGGCAGCGCAGCUUGAAGGUGUUGCAGACGACCACUCAGGCGGUGGCGGGAGGAUCAGCUGGUGGCACGACAGGCGCAACUGCUAAUCUGGUGCAAGCGGCAGGCACCAUAAUCCAGACCAGCAAUAUGAGCGCCCACGUGACCAGUCAAAAGGUGGCCGUUUCCGGGAUGCCGGGAACCUCCACCUCCGUGCAGGCGGGCAAUGUGGUUAGCAGCGUCCAAAUGCACGGCCAGGCCAGGACGCAGUUCAUCAAGCAGAUGGCGGCCGGGAAGCAGCAGUUGCAGCGCCAAGUGGUGUCCGCCGACGGGACAACCACCACAGCCGGAACCGGGGACAUGUUGCUGGUGAAGCGGCACAAUAUUCUGGCCGCCCAAAAGGCGCAGCAGGCCUCUGGAGCGCUCUUCACCACCACCGCUGCCCAGCAACAACAACAACAGCAGCAGCAGGGCCAACUCCCAGUGGCCGGUCAGCAGCAGCAGGUGACCCAGCAGCAGAUCGCCUCGCUGGUAAAAGCCUCUACGGCGGCUGCGGCCAGCGGAAGCAGUGUCAAUGCCGGCGGGGUCACGGUGUCGGCCACAAAUCCCGCUGUCCAGGCGGGAAGCGUGAAUAUGACCCUGCCGCAGCUGAAACCAGGCAGCCAGAUAAAGGUGACUAUGCCCAACCAGAUGCGGCACCUGCAGAUGCAACAUCAACUGACCAUGCCGCGUAAGAUCAGCCGAAUGACGCAGCUGGUCAGUGCCAGUGGUCAGCCCACGGCCACCAAUAUAGUGACGACCACUGGUCCCCAGCAGCAGCAACAGCAGCAGCAGCAGGGAGUGACAGUCUCUGGCGGCGGCACUUUGCCCACCGUGGCCUCGCAGCAGCAGCAGCAACAGCAGCAUCAGCAGAAGGUGGUCGGUGGCAACAGUGUCCAGGCCCAGUUGCUCCACAUCCAGAACACAAAGGCGCUUCCCAACUCGGUGACCGUGCAGCAGAUCCAGCAGGUGAUGCGCAGUGGCCAACAGGGCACCCUCGCCACCACUAACCUGGUGCUGGGUAAGACGAGCGUGGGUCGAGUGAUUCCCGUGUCGGUGGCGUCGCAGGCCAACCAGCGUCAAACCAUUCAGGUGGUUUCAGCUGCCUCCGCUCAGGCCUUGGCUGCAGGCAAUCUGCGCACCCAUGUCGGUGGCCCGAGCAUUGCCAGUGCGCUGAAAGUGGCCGCCUCUGGAGGAGCUGGAGGGCAGACCACGCAGCAGACGCUGAUCGCUGCACUGCAGCAUAACCAGAGGCAGAACGCCAGUCCCGUCCGCUUGCAGACCACCGCAGGUGGCAAUCUCCUGGCAGUUGUGCAGCAACAACAGCAGCAGCAGCAGCAGCACACGAGCAUUGCAGGACCCACAGCUGGACCGGCGGAGGUGAUGACCAUCACGCAGACGACCACCACCUUGCCCACGGUUGGCAGCCUGCAGCAGCAACAGCAGCAGCAACAGCAGCAGCAGCAACAACAACAGGGAGGCAUAUCGCAGCCUACAACGCAACAGGUACGCAAGCUGGUGCAAAAAAAGAUCCUGAUACGCAGCGAGAAAGAAUAACGCUCGAGCAGGGCCGCCAGACCACGUCACCGGCGGAGCAUUUCGAGCAUCAUUUCCACUGCCACCGCCACAGCCACCGCCACCUUCAACACACCAACUCAGAUUCAAAUCCCACAAGCACACCAAAAUCAAGCACCAACAACUCAGUCAACAGCCAAUCAAUCUGAUCCUUUCGAAUUUCAAGAUCGAACAAAUCUCAAUUGCUCAUCCCACGCCGAUCCUCAUGCAUUCAAUCAGUCAGUCAGUCAAUCAGUCAGUCAUUGCCUAAAUUGAUCUCAAUAUCUGUCGAUUGGUUUUGCAGCCAUGAGCGAAUGGCGAUCGACACGAUCCGAUCUAACCGCUCGCUCUGGAGGAUGAUGAGCUGAGGGUGAGACGCUGACGAGGACGACGAUGAGAUCGCUUCAAUCAGCUGAAGGCGUGGCCGCCGUAUUACUACUCUUACUGAUCCAUAGAUAUACCAAUUAGUUGUAAUCUAUUCAUAUUACGAUCCUUGUUUUACCGAAAGUAAACAGUGCCUAGUUCGUAGGCUAACUGCUUUAAAUUCAACUUGUAAAUCGUAGCUAACUAAGGUCUCAGCCCUCGGUUCCCGUAGUGCAGUAUGUACAUUCGUAAAUCUAAUACAGAUCUAUCCGAUACUACAUAAAUACCCUAAAAUACAUACCUAUAAACAUUUAGUUUUUAUUUACCUUACUGAUAAUUAAUGCCCUAGUAUUAAUAAACAAACACAAAUAAAGAAAAACAUGUAAAAACCA